AACGAAAGUGACCGAUCGCAUCUUCGGUGCUGCCUCGCCCGCCCAGGGGGUGCAAUAAAACGGCAGGUUGCUACCAGCACUUCUGCUGUGCCGCCUGGUCCUUUGCUUCUUCACCGACCCGGACCACUUGAGCUCCAGGCCCCGAGGUGUGCAGAGACGCAAUAAGAAGCAAAGACCAAGAAGGCCCGCCCGUAUAGCAGUCCUUCUCUUAUGGGCUCGUCCCUCUUUGCAUGUCACCGUGCGAGCUUCAGGUUGAGGCGGGAAAAGGCAACAGCGGGAAUCACACCCUCCCACCGCCGCCACAACCACAACCACCACCAACGCUACCGCACGGCCCGCCACCCGGGCUAUCAUCCCUGACGUCAAGGAUGCGGUCAACCGACUUCGCUGGCGCCCUCGGCGCGGUGGCUGUCCUGGCCACGACCGUCGCGUCGCUGAGCAUCCCCCGCGGCGUCGGCGGUCUCGCCUGCGCCUCGGGCUUCUGCCCCCGGAGCGACGACGUCGCGCAGCUGGGAGCCAGCCUGUCGGCCGGGGCGCAGAUCGUGUUCCCCGGCUCGGCCGAGUUCACCAGCCGGACCGCGCGGUGGUCCAACCUGUCGCCGCCAAAGUUCAACGCCGUGGUGGUGCCUGGGAGCCAGGAGGAUGUUGCUGCGACGAUCAAGUUUGCAAACGAGAGGAAGCUGCCGUUCCUAGCCACCAACACGGCGCACGGCACCCUCACGACCCUGGGGAAGAUGGACCACGGCAUUGAGAUCGACAUCCGGUCGCUCAACAGUGUCGAGAUUGCCGCCGAUGGCAAGACGGCCAGGGUCGGGGGCGGCAUCAGGUCCAAGGAGCUCAUCGACGCGCUAUGGGCGGCGAACAAGCAGACAGUGACGGGCACCUGCGAGUGCGUCAGCAUCAUGGGCCCCGCCCUCGGCGGCGGCCACGGCUGGCUGCAGGGCUACUACGGCCUCGUGGCCGACAACAUCGUGUCGUUGGACGUGGUGCUGGCCGACGGGCGCGCCGUCACGGCCAGCGCGGACCAGAACGCGGACUUGUUCUACGCGCUCAAGGGCGCCGGCCACAACUUUGGCGUCGUCACGUCGGCCGUCUUCAAGAUCUACGACGUCAUCUCGCGCGACUGGGCCAUCGAGACGCACAUCUUCAGCGGCGACAAGGUCGAGGCCGUCUACCGCGCCGCCAACGAGCACCUGCUCAAGAACGGCACGCAGUCCAGGGACCUCAUCAACUGGUCGUACUGGCUGAACGACGCCUCGAUGGACCCCAAGAACCCCAUCAUCAUCUUCUACAUCAUCCAGCAGGGCGUCAAGGCCGUCAGCCCAGAGUACACCCAGCCAUUCCACGACAUCGGGCCCCUGGUCGCGAUCCCCAAGACGGGCGACUACCUGCAGGUGUCUGGCUGGGCGGGCGUGUCGCUGUCGUCGCCGCCGUGCCAAAAGGCCGGCCUGGCCAACCCGCGCUUCCCCAUCUACCUGGACGCCUACGACCCGGCCACCAUGGCCGAGGCCUACGCCGCCUACGCCGCGGCCGUCGGGCCGGCCGACUCGCCCUUCCACGGCUCCAUCUUCAUGUUUGAGGGCUACCCGUCGCAGGGGCUGCGCGCCGUCGACGCGUCCUCGACCGCCUUCGCCCACCGCGACCGCAACCUGCUCAACGCGCCGCUGAUCCAGUACAACCCCGCCUCGGGCGCCGACGUCGAGGUCCGGGCCAGGGAGCUGGGUGGCAGGCUGCGCGACAUGCUGCAGGCCGGGAGCGGGCGCGCCGGCAAGGCGGCCGUGUACGUCAACUACGGGUACGGCAACGAGGAGGAGGGGCAGUUCUACGGCGACGCGGCGCGCGUCGAGAAGCUGGCGGCGCUCAAGGACAAGUACGACCCGAGCGACCGCUUCAGCUUCUACGCGCCCAUUUCCCACAAGGGCGGGAAGCCGUGCAAGCACAAGUAGUGGUAGUUGGAGCUAGAUGCCGUAGAAGCGAUCGCGACCGUUGUGUUUUUCUCUGCCGUCACAAUACCACCACCUCAUCCCUAUUUUGCCGCAGGAACGGGGCGUCACCGACGUUGCAUUGAUACGUGGGAUGUGCUAAUGUCGCACUCGCCUAUGCCCUUAUGCCCUUCUGGCAGGUGUCAGAGAUUGACCGACGCCCGUUGGAUGACAGGUUGACCGGGUGAAAGGAUUCCGGCUCCUGUGGCGGGAGCUGACUGCACGCUUACUCUGCCGCCGCCGUGCCCAGAUCGGCACAUGCAGCCCUUCUUGCUGGUACCAACGGAUCACAUCUCGACUAAUCCUGUAUUGACGAACCAAGUAUCUCGUGGGAAACAAAGGA